AUGGCAAGUGAUCAAUCAAGCUGUUUUCACUGCCAGGAUUCACUUUGUGGAAAACGAUAUGUCAUGAAAGAAGAAAACACCUUCUGUGUGAAAUGCUAUGACAGCCUGUUUGCUAACUUUUGUGAAAAAUGUCAAAAACCCAUUGAAUGUGACUCCAAGGAUCUUGCUUAUAAAGGCUGCCAUUGGCACGAAACAUGCUUCAAGUGCGCCCAAUGCCAUCACUCCCUGGUUGAGAAGCCUUUUGCAGCUAAAGACGAGCGCCUGCUGUGUACAACUUGUUAUUCUAAUGAAUAUUCAUCUAAGUGCUUUCACUGCAAGAGGACUAUUAUGCCUGGUUCUCGUAAAAUGGAAUUUAAAGGCAAUUGUUGGCAUGAAGCUUGCUUUGUUUGCCAGUACUGUCGGCAACCACUAGGAACGAAACCUCUGAUUACCAAGGAUGAUGACAAUUACUGUGUACCCUGUUAUGAGAAGCAAUUUGCACAGUAUUGCUACUCCUGCAAAAAGGCGGUCACCAACGGUGGGGUGACUUACCAUGACCAGCCAUGGCAUAAGGAAUGUUUUCUAUGUACUGGAUGUAAGAAGCAACUUGCAGAACAUCAAUUCAUUUCCAAAGAUGAACAUCCUUACUGCCUGGAGUGCUUCAGAAGACAUUUUGCAAAGAAAUGUGUGGCCUGCACCGAACCCAUUACUGCUCUUGAAGGAGGGAAGUUCAUCUCGUUUGAAGAUCGCCAAUGGCACAGUGACUGCUUCAAGUGCAGCAAGUGCGCCUGCCCCCUGGUGGGAAAGGGCUUCCUCGCCCAGCAAGAUAAAGUCCUCUGCUGCAAUUGUGGGUCUCCUAUAUGACUCAGGAGCUCUCCGAGGAUGCUCGUCCCUUCCCCUGCGUUGUUUUAGCCAUACAUGUAAUUGCUCACUAGUCAGAAAGCCAUCUAGCAAGCAUCAUAGUUUGCAGCCUGCCCCCCCCCCCCAUCCAGUAUAGCUACUUUCCAUAACAGGUUUAAAAGAAAUCAUUCCGAA